AUGAAAGAUUACAUUAUCAGCUUUGCACAAGCUUUUCCCAACUUUCGAAUUGCUGAGCUAGAGUCCUUGGCCGAGCUCAACGGCAUCGAAGUUGAUUUCCAAAACCACAACGAAAAGAAACCGUUCCUUAAGGUCCAGCUUGAAGACGAUGAGCAGGCGAAAAAACUCAUUAAGAGAUCCAUUUUGGCAAAGGGGAUCUACGAGCUCUGGGGAGAGGGCAAAGAUUUGACCGAGCUCCAUGAAAGCAUACAAAAGAACUCUCUGGAUAAGUUCGACACUUACAAGCGUAAUACAUUUAGGUUCGACUUUGUCAGCUUCAUGGGUGCCAAAACUACCGAGGAGAAGAUCCAAACCAUCGACAGUUUUAAGUAUCUCGGUUUUGAAGGCAAGAUCAGACUCAAGAAUCCUGAGGUGAUUUUUGCCGUGCUAGAAGAAUACUUUGUGUCUGGCCAAGAGAGAGCGGAAAAGCCCGACUACCUUUGGUUCGGACGUCAAGUGGAGACGAGUGCCCGUUCCGAGGGCGUGGUUGAGCAAUACGACUUGAAAAAGCGGAAAUACAUUGGCACAACGUCUUUCGAUGCCGAGCUAGCACUCGUGAGCUGCAACAUUGCACAAGUCAAGCCUGGCAAGGUGGUAUAUGACCCAUUUACAGGCACUGGAUCUUUCUUGGUUGCAGGUGCAUACUUUGGAGGAUAUCCUAUGGGCACGGACAUUGACGCCCGUUCAGUUAGAGGCAAGGGCCCCAACAACAAUCUCCUUUCGAGCUUCCGCCAGUACGGUACCGCACUGCAGUUUAUUGACAUUUGGACGAUGGACUUCACAAAUAAUGCGCUUAGAGAGGACUUUGUAAUUGACACAAUUGUAUGCGACCCGCCUUACGGCGUGCGUGAAGGCCUAAAGGUUUGUGGAGCCAAAGACCCAGCUAAAGCUGCGGGGAGAGAGCAUAAUGUGGUAGAUGGAGAGCUCGGCUUCAAGCGCCGUGAUUUCAUUGCUCCCAAGAAGCCCUACCACCUUGCCAAUCUCCUAGAUGAUUUACUUGAAUUUUCUGCGGCUAGAAUGCCAGUUGGCGGGCGCCUAGCUUUUUGGAUGCCGACUGCCAAUGACGAGUUUGUGGAGCAUCAUAUCCCACAACACGAAAGACUUGAGCUUUUGUAUGUGCUAGAACAAGAGUUCAACAAAUGGUCUCGUCGCCUUGUGGUAUACGUGAAGAGGGAUGAGAGCUACAAGGGUAAGACGUACAAUGGCAUGCGCAGCGAACAGGUAACGCACUUCCGUGAUAGAUACUUCAAGAGCUUCAAUGAAAGAAGCAAACAGACCGUAUCUAGCCAGUUAGGAGACUUGAGGAUUUCCGGGUCUGGGCCAUAA